AUGGACGACAAGCACGGCUUGGGAAAAGAAGAAAAAAGAAGGAAAAAAAGGACGGUUGGGGGGAUGUCCCUGCUCUGCAUACAAACUGAGAAGGUCUUCAGAGUACAACUUGCUAAAAAACGAGUCGUCUCAGCUUAGGCUUCUACUACCCCUUCCGAUGGCUUGCAGAGUUGGAUUAUUGUGUCCUAACUUGUUGCCUCUUCUCGACCUUUUGGCACCUAUGUUAUUCUUUUUCUUUUUCUGCUUUGUGUUGGGUUUAUGCAAAUCGGUUUGGUGGGGUUUUGGCAGUACUCGAGGGCCUGUUGCUUGUCUGUUUCCCACUCGAUCGAUCACCCCUCGCGUGUGGUUUUCUCUUUUUUUGUGUUGUUUUUUUGGUCCUGGUUCAUCAGACAAUGUUCCCAUGUCAUCACCUCCUUACGCGCCGCCACAUGCUGUCAACGAUCUUAUUUCCACGAGGUGAUUCCGAGAGACGGUGUCUUUGGCUGGCUGGGUCGGUUGGCUUUUGGCUUCCUUGCAUGGGUGCUGCUGGCGGCAGCUGCCCCCCUCCCUCUAAUACAAAAUACACACGCUCAUGCUCUUUUGAGACAUCACACGUACAAACCAAACGCGUACCCUAUCCCACGUGUAUGCGUGUCUGCGUGUCUGCGUGUCUGCGUGUCUGCGUGUCUGCGUGUCUGCGUGUCUGCGUGUCUGCGUGUCUGCGUGUCUGCCUUUCUGUCCGUCUCUUCUGUAUCUGCCUACUUGUCUUGGAUCAGGACUGCCCGUGGUCGGGGUUGAGGCAGGCGGAAUCUCUGCGAGUAACGACCGGAUGGGGAAGGAGAAGAUGGGGAGUGAAGACGCCCGCCUCUUUUUGUUCGAUGGGUGUGACGUGUUGCGGGAAGGAAGCUUGUGUGUGUUUUUUUUUACACCUUGCGGCGUUGGCGUGGGGCGGUGGAGGAAGAGAGGGGGGAUUUCUUGUAUUUUUAUCACUGGAGGGGUCUACCGGGCUCUCUCGUUGUUCCUUGAUAUUGACAGAAUGGCGCUGAUGGGGACGUUUCCUGGCGAAGCUUUGUUUUGUUUUGUUUUGCGUCUGGCUGCCUGCCUGCCCUUGGUUAGUGGCGGCUGGGCUGGUAAAAUGUCAGUCAAUAU